AUGUUAUUCAAUCUGAGGGUGAACGCAGAGGACAUUGAAAGUUUAAAACAGAGCCACAUGGAAAUCAUUCUGAAAUGCGCAAAAGAUAAUCCAGUAUCACCAGAAGAUAUAGAACAAUUCAAAAAACUCCAGCUGCCUGAUAACGGAAAUGCUAAAUGUCUUUUCGCGUGUACGUACAAACUGACAGGAAUGAUGGAUGACCAAGGGAUGCUCUCUGUGGAAGGUGUGAAUGCAUUAGCACGUAAAUUUCUAUCUGAAGAUCCUGAACGACUGAAAAAAGCUGAACAAUUUACGGAUGCCUGUAAAAGUGUAAAUGAUGUGGAGGUAUCGGAUGGGAAUAAAGGAUGUGAGAGGGCGGCUCUGAUGUUCAAAUGUAGCGUGGAAAAAGCUCCUGAGUUUGACUUCAUUAAA